AUGGGAGCCUUCAACAGCUGCAUCGCCGGAACGCUUCGGCUCUGCUGUGCGAAGCGAGUACACCAGAUCCGCGUAGCCGGGCCCGCACAAGCAGGGAAGACUUCCAUCAUUAAGUGGAUGAAAUACAAGAGCUUCUUCAAACUUGCACCCACUGAGGGUCUGGAGGUCGAUCGAAUUGACUACCCGGAUACGGCUCUCGUUAUGUGGGACACGCGGCAACACUUUGAGGAUAUGGUUCGCCCUCACCAGUUGGAUAUCCGUUGCAUCAUUUUCGUGGUUGACAGUUCUGACCCUGGCCGGCUCCGUGUUGCAAAUCGCUCACUAGACAGGCUGAUGCGAGACCUGCCAAACGCUAGCAUCCUUCUUGUCUUCGCCACGAAGCAAGACAGACCCGGUGCCUUAUCGGUUGCCGAAAUUCAACACGAACUCAGCCUUCACCAACUUGUUGACAAAGAAUGCGGGGUCUUUGCCUGCAGUGCCAAGACCGGAGAGGGCAUAGAGGAGGGCAUAUCCUGGCUUAUCAGGCAACUCAAGCAGCAGGAUGGUGGGACCUGCGCAUGCGAGAGCGAUCAGGUGAUUCCUUGCUUCUUGCAGCAGUUGCCCGUUUGA